CCGCCCUCCCCGGGCCCUGGCCCACGCGCCCGCCCUCCCGCCCUCCCCGCCGCCCCCCGCGCGCCCUUAAGCGACAUGCAAAUGAGCCUAGGUCCUGCGGACAGCCCCCACGUCCCCGGCACCCGAUGGACCCUUCCAGCCCAGAGCCAGCAGCCAAGGAGGCAGAGCCCUCCGGCCCGCCGCCCAACACCCUGGGCGUCCGCCUCCGACGCCGGCGCCCCCCGGCGGGGCGGGGCGCCCCCUCCACAUUCUCCCCGGCCGCCCGCAAACGGCGCGGGCCCCGAGGCUCGGCCCCGGGGGAGCCCGCCGAGGCCCCGGGGCCGCCGGCCCCGGCCGAGGACGAGGGCGGCGUCCUGCUGAUCGACGCGCAGGGCGUCCCGUACACCGUGCCCCAGGCCGGCGAGGAGGGGGGCGGACCCCGGGCCCGGCGGGCCCCCCAUUUCUGCCCCGUCUGCCUGCGUGCCUUCCCCUACCUCUCUGACCUGGAAAGGCACAGCAUCUCUCACUCGGAACUCAAGCCACACACCUGCCCGGCCUGCGGCAAGGCCUUCAAACGCGCCAGCCACUUGCGGCGGCACCGGAACAUCCACGCCGGCCUGCGGCCCUUCCACUGCGCCCUGUGCCCCCGGCGCUUCCGGGAGGCCGGGGAGCUGGCCCACCACGGCCGCGUGCACUCGGGCGAGCGCCCCUACCAGUGCCCCAUCUGCAGGCUCCGCUUCACGGAAGGCAACACCCUGCGGCGCCAUGCCCGCCGCAAGCACCCGCCGCCCCCGGAUUCCCCCAGCUCCCUGGCCGGCCCGGGCAUGGAUCCGCCCUGGCUGCAGGCCCUGGUCCCGGAGCCGUCCCCCAGCCCAGACCCGGCCGGCCCCGAGGAAGGCCCCGAGAAGCCCCCCAGCCCGGAGCCCGCAUCCACAGACGUGGAAGGCUCUGAGGAAGGCCCCAAGCGGCCCCCCGCGGCCCAGGAAGCCCCGGAAGAUGUGGGGGCACCGCCUGAGUGAGGGUCCCGGCCCUCUGCAGCGCCCGCAGAGCACCGCCUGCCUUCAGACAGCCGGGCCCCCCCGCAGGUCAGGCACGUGCCACCCGGCCUGAGGGUCCCCCGCGGGCCCCGAAGGAGACGCGGCCUGGGCAGGCUCGAGCUGAGGCCGGGGCCCCCGGGCGGGGCUCAGAACAAACGACGGGGGCUGGGCGGGGGGCUGGCUCUCCGAGGUAAGGCUCCUUACUCAGAACCGGAUCGGGGGCCACGUCGGGGCCCAGGAAAUAAAUGUCUGUCUGCCGGCCAUCAGCGUGUGCUCACUGGGGGAGGCGCCGCAGGG